CUGCCUUCUGAGAUUAGUAUACGCACUGAGUGGGGAAGGGGUAGGCUAUAUUUUCAAUGAGUAAAACAGUGUCUGUCAAACGUCACAUGGGGCUGGGACCGAUUGCUUCCUGAAAUGCUUUUCAUCGUUGUAUUUUUUUCCCCACUACGGUACUAGUAUUAGGCUUUUCAUUCAUUUCUGUAUCGGUUUAUUAUUUCUUCCGCAAUGAUAAGCAAAGUCAAAAAUGCGAUGUCCACGCUGGUGGGUGGAAUGAUGCCCCACGGUCACAACCAGCACCACGGAUCCGGGAACGUUCACCACCAGAACUGUAACCAGGACGGUCUGCCUCCACGGUUCCCCUACGGUCGACCUGAGUUUCUGGAUCUUACACCAGAGCUUCUUCAAUACUCGACAGAACAUGCUUCUCGGCCGGUGCUGACGUUGAAGAGGGACAGCAGGCUUCCCUGGCGGACGGGAUACGCAGAGACCAUCAAUGCUGGGAAGAGCAUGCUGAAUGAGGACCAGGCGUCCUGUGAGCUGCUCUACGUGAAGAAGCUGAGCAACAAAAAACAGCGUAACUCCACACUGCUGGACGACAAUGGGGACGGAACAGGGAUCCCAUUGCAGUACUGGGGCGUGUUCGACGGUCAUGCAGGCUCAGGGUGUGCCAUCAUGGCAUCUAAACUCCUCCAUCGCCUCAUCAGAGACAGACUGGGGGACAUCGCCCACCUGCUGGAGAACCCCUCCGUGACACCCCCUAUCUGCCUGGCCAAGAACGGCAGCCCCUACCAGCUGGAGGUGAAGAAGGGAUCAAAUUCCACCCAGGACCCAGAGGACCCUAAUGCCAUCACUGACCCCUCCAUCCGCUUCCACAUGGAGAAGACUGUCAGUCUGGAGAGUCUGAUCAUGGGCAUCAUAGAAAACGCCUUCAAACAGAUGGAUGAACUGAUAGAGAAGGAGAAGACGUCCUUUACCAUCUCUGGUGGGUGUUGUGCCUUGGCUGCCAUCCAUUUAAUGGGGAAGCUCUAUGUUGCCAAUGCUGGAGAUAGCAGAGCCAUCAUCAUCCGUAACAAUGAGGUCAUCCCCAUGUCCAACGAGUUCACACCUGAGUCUGAGAGGCAGCGCCUGCAGUAUCUGGGCUUCCUGAGACCGGAGCUGUUGGGGAAUGAGUUCACACACUUGGAGUUCCCUCGCAGGAUCCAGCACAAGGAGCUGGACAAGAAGAUGCUCUUCAGGGACCACACAAUGAACGGCUGGGCUUACAAGACCAUCAUAGAAGACGACCUCAAGUUCCCGCUUAUAUAUGGAGAGGGUAAAAAGGCCCGUGUCAUGGCCACCAUUGGGGUAACACGUGGCCUAGGGGAUCAUGACCUGAAGGUGUACAACUCCAACAUCUACAUCAAACCCUUUCUCUCCUGCUGCCCAGAGGUGAUUGUGUACGACAUGUCUGAGUUCAAGCAUGGCCCAAAUGACGUGCUGGUGAUGGGUACAGAUGGGCUGUGGGACGUGACCACAGACAGGGAGGUAGCAGACGCAGUCUCAGGCUUCCUGUCCUGCUGCGAGCCCACUGAUCCUGUGAGAUACACACUGGCCGCUCAGGACCUGUUGAUGCGGUCGCGAGGGGUCCUGAAGGAGAGGGGCUGGCGGUUACCCAAUGAGAGGCUGGGUUCAGGAGACGACAUCACUUGUUAUGUGAUCCCCUUGGCGGGACCGGUAGGGCCCGAGACAGAGACAUGACAGGCCUUGUCCUACCACCCUACCAGGAGAGGACGAACUCCCUAGGACUGACCAGGGUCAAUCCUUCCCCCUUACCCCCUCUACCCUGGGGGAAGGGUGAAGAAAACACCUCCCUUUUAUAGCGAAGCCUCAGGUUGGAGAGCUGGCUGCUGACACCUGUCAACCGGCCCAUCUUCCUGGCUUCUGGAACAACCCACUGGGCUCUAAUUAUUGUUUUUGUUUGGUACUCAUGUAACAGGUGUUCAAUGACAUUACCUGACCGACCGAAAACAUGUCCAUUUCUGAAAUCUGCUCUUUUUGAUCGCUAGUUAACGAGAACCCUCCCCCUGUAGUUUCAUGUUUUAAUCUUUCUAAUUAAUUAGCUGAUAUUUGCGGCAGGAUUGGUUUGGCCAUAUUCUGAUAGAAGUGCUUGGUUAGUCGUUUCUAAAUACCUCCUUAUUACCUUAUGACCCCCACAUGUGAUUUAUAGAAUGCUAAAUUCCUAAAAUAAUCUAAUUUAUUGCUUGUGUAGAGUACAGUAUGACAGGUGGAGGUAGAUGGCCCGGCACAUUGUUUAAAAUCAAAUAGUAUGACUGAUAGCAAUUGAGGGACUAGCAUCACAUAGGAGUGAAGCCACUGCUCAGAAGGCAGUGGAGCUCUGUGACAAAAUAACUACAGUAGUGGCCAAAAGUUUUGAGAAUGACACAAAUAUUAAUUUUCACAAAGUCUGCUGCCUCAGUUUGUAUGAUGGCAAUUUGCAUAUACUCCAGAAUGUUACGAAGAGUGAUCAGAUGAAUUGCAAAGUCCCUCUUUGCCAUGCAAAUGAACUGAAUCUCCAGAAAAUAUUUCCACUGUAUUUCAGCCCUGCCACAAAAGGACCAGCUGACAUCAUGUCAGUGAUUCUCUCGUUAACACGGGUGUGAGUGUUGAUGAGGACAAGGCUGGAGAUCACUCUGUCAUGCUGAUUGAGUUCGAAUAACA